AACCAAACCAAACCCCACCAGGCCACCCAAGCGCAAAGCGCUAGCGAUCGAACUCGAGCCCAAUCCAGCGGAAACCCCCAACCCUAGCUCCCGACUCGAGCCGAUCGACCCCGAUCCGAUCUAAUGUUCCCCACCGUCGACGAGCCCUCCGCCGCCGGCGCCAUGGUCUCGUCCUCCUUCCCUGACGCCGACGCCUACGGCAACGGCGACUCCGACGGCCUCGACUUCCCCGUCGACCCCAACCCCAACCCCGUCUUCUCCUCCCCGGCCGCUGCCGCGGCCCCCGGGUCCGCUGGCGCGGCUGGGGAGCGGCGCCAGCUGUUCCAGCGCCUGUGGACGGACGAGGACGAGAUCGUGAUCCUGCGCGCCUUCGCGGAGUUCACGGCGCAGCGUGGCACCUCCUUCGCGUCGCACCAGUACGACACCACCCCCUUCUACGAGGACAUGCGCCGCCGCCUCAACACCGGCUUCACCAAGAACCAGCUCGCCGAGAAGAUCCGCCGCCUCAAGCGCAAGUACCGUAACUGCGUCGAGCGCCUCCGCGUCGCCGGCUCCGGCUUCACCUUCCGCUCCCCGCACGAGCAGGCCAUCUUUGAGAUCGCCCGCACCAUCUGGCGCCCCGCCUCCGACAAGCACGGCCGCGACUCCGACGACGAGGGCGGCGGCGGCAACGUCCACGACGCCACCUUCGCCCCCUUCGCCAUCGACGCCGCCGCCAACGGUGAGUCCGCCAAGUCUUCCAGGCCACGCCGUGGCCGGCGCCGCCGCACGGGCGACUUCCCCGCCGACGCGGUCGCGCUGCCGCCGGCGCCCAUGCCGAUGCAGGUGAUGACCGAGGACGCGCUCCCGUCGUUCCCGCAGGCGACUGCGGCGGCGGUCAUGAACGGGGGCUGCGGCCUCAUCGUGGACCCAGCCUCUGGUCUGCCAACCGCGCUGUCAUCAGCUGCGGCGGCGGCAACGGCCGUGUCCGGCGGCAGCACCACGGAGAACCCCAUCCUCACGGCGCUGUUCAAGGAGAUGGUACGCGCGAUGCUGAGCGUCGUCGGCAGCGGCGGUGGCACCACGGCACUUCAGGGGCUGGAGCCACCGCCCCCUAUCGCGGGGGUGCCGAUGGAAGGGGAGAAGUGGCGGCAGCAGCGGAUCCGGGAGCUGGAGGUGUACCUGCGUCGGAUGGACCUGCUGCAGGACCAGGCCAGGGCGGCGCUGGAGGAACUCAGGUCCGCGCCGCACGCCGGGGGCAUGAACACUUGAUUGUCUUGGGUUCAGCAGCUCCUCCAGCGUCGCGUCUUCUUGCAGAUAGCGCAUCGUCCAUAACCAUUAGAAAGAAAGGGUCAUCUUACUGGUAGGUUUCUCUAGGCUCGAGCAGCAGUAGAACAAGGUGUUUUCGUCUGUAAUCCUGAUUUUCUGUCUGCGCUGCAGACUAGCCGCGCGUCGUCGUUCUUAUUUAUAUAGAGCAACUGGUAUAAAGAGC